AUGGACCACGAGGAGAUUCCAUCAAUGCCCUCAACGCCGGCUACAACACCGGGAACUCCAGGAGCACCGCUCUUUGGAGGUUUCGAAGGGAAGAGAAAUGGACAUAAUGGUAGUAAAUACACACCAAAGUCACUUCUAAAAAGCUGCAAAUGUUUCAGUGUUGACAAUGAGUGGGCUCUUGAAGAUGGAAGACUCCCUCCAGUCUCUUGCGCUAUACCUCCUCCUAACGUCUCCCUCUACCGUAAGUUGGGAGCAGAGUUUGUUGGGACACUGAUACUGAUGUUCGCCGGAACAGCCACGGCGAUUGUGAAUCAGAAGACUGAUGGAGCUGUGACGCUUAUCGGGUGUGCUGCCUCCGCUGGUCUAGCAGUUAUGGUCGUUAUAUUGUCCACCGGUCACAUCUCCGGGGCACAUCUCAAUCCAGCUGUCACCAUUUCAUUUGCUGCUCUUAAGCACUUCCCAUGGAAACACGUGCCGGUGUAUAUCGGAGCGCAGGUGCUGGCGUCCGUGUGUGCGGCGUUUGCACUGAAAGCAGUGUUUGAACCAACGAUGAGCGGUGGCGUGACGGUACCAACGGUGGCUCUAAGCCAAGCUUUCGCUUUGGAGUUUAUUAUCAGCUUCAACCUUAUGUUUGUUGUCACUGCCGUCGCCACCGACACUAGAGCUGUGGGAGAGUUGGCGGGAAUAGCGGUAGGAGCAACGGUCAUGCUUAACAUACUCAUAGCUGGACCUUCAACUUCAGCUUCGAUGAAUCCUGUAAGAACACUAGGUCCAGCCAUUGCAGCAAACAACUACAGAGCCAUUUGGGUUUACCUUACUGCUCCUAUUCUUGGAGCGUUAAUCGGAGCAGGAACAUACACGAUCGUGAAGCUACCAGAGGAAGAUGAAGAACACAAAGAAAAGAGGAGCUUCAGAAGAUAA